AUGAUCACCUCCCAUCCUCCUCAGAUGAGCAAUCCGUACUCUCAGCCGUCGACAGGCUUCUCCGACCUGCCGGCGGCUCGUAUGGCAUUCCAACAACAAGCUCGAUUAGGGCCGGGGAACGAUUUGGGGAGAGGACUCGGGCCAGGACGAACAGGACGGCUGGGAGGGCCAGGCACAAAUGCGAGCCCGGUCAUUGAUCUAACGGGGAGCAACGACGAGGAUGACGAGGACCUGGAGUCCAGUCGGCCUGCGAAGAGGUUGCGCAUCGAUACUCAAGGCCACGACGAGAUUGCGAGGAUUCUUCAUUCUGGCGCACGCCUGGUUCAUGUGCUUAGCGACGAUACGGACGAUGGACAGUACGAAGCUGUCGACGAGAACGAACCUUUUGUUGAGAGCGUGAAGCCUCCAGCGUCAUUUCAGGACCGGCUAGCGUACAUGUCGAUGGAUGGAGGCGGACAGCAGUCGCAAUCUUCGCCUGCUCCUUUACCUAUGCCUCCUCGGCCGCGAAGAAGUAUAUUCAUGCGAGACAGACCUGAGAACGCCGUUGAAGACGCUGAGCCAGAUGAUAUGGUGGUCAAAACUACACCAUAUACGAUGGAGAAGCCUGCUGCUGCCGCCAGGCUUGCUGAUAACACUAUCCUUGACUUCCACCCGUGGACUGGAAACAACCCAGAAGACUCUCUUAACGAACACACUGCCAAACAAGGCUUCUAUGACCGUAUCCAGCUCUCCCAGAACGAAAGUAACACCGCACGGCCAUCUCUAUACUCCCAUUUUAAAAACCCUAACGGUCUCAAGAACCUUUCCCAUAUAUUUGCCCAAGCCCUCAAACGAAGACAAGCCAUGACGAAAGUUACCCCAAACUCGACAUUUAAACCCCCACCGCGUGUCACCCUCACUGACAACAAACGCGAAGCUUGGCUACGGGAUCUAGCUAACCCGUCUGUACCCCUCAGACGGCUCAGCAGAACCAUACCUCACGGUAUUCGUGGCAAGAUACUGCUGGACCAGUGUCUGGGGAAGAACAUACCCAUUGGGCGCGCAAUCUGGCUCGCGAAGUGUGUGGGUGCGAAUGAGAUACGGGCGUUUAAACGGAAAGGCACGGCAGCUGCCAUUGCAAGCGGGCUUGAAACGAAAUGGGUGAAGGAUUGGACUGGGAGCGUGCAGCAGUUUAUUGAAGGAGUGUUGCAAUCGCAUGAAGAAGCCGGGUGGAUUGAGAACCAGGCUUAUGCCAUGAGGUUAUCUGGCCGUCUAUUCCUGGAACAGCUACUGGACCAGGAUGCCUACCUCGAAUGGUUUCUCAGCUCCCUGCAUGCGUCUAACUUGAAGACGCUACCUACCUGGUUAACAACUAUUAGUGUCUACUGGAAAAAUCUCACCAUCUACCGAAAGAGAAGCAGACGUCUGGCGCAGACUCUCCUUGAUAAGCUAGCGUUGGCCCUCGAUAUCAACCGCUCUACAGACCUUAGCUCCCUAAUCAACCAGCUUCAAUCAAUCAUACGCUCAUUCAUCACCUCUUACCCAUCAUCCUUUCUUCUCCCCUUGACCUGGUCUCGACACCAGAAACCCCUGACUGCAUGCUUCAACACCUCUGUUCCCCUUGAGACCGCCAUCCUCGCUCAACUCAUUGUACGAAACACUCGCCUAUCCAAAACCUCUCCUCAGUCUGUUACAAAUUCUCCCGAAUUGACUUCACGACCCGCUGCGCAACAGCUAAUAUCGCUGCUUGAUGGCCCAUGCGCGCCUAAUGCUUUCCCACUUCUUGCUGCAAAAUGUCUUGCCCUCCCGCUAGAUCACCCAACACUAGUGCAUACCCUCCUGGAAUGGUCCUCUACCCCCUUCAGAUACGGAUGUGCUCGCAUCUAUGUCGGUGUUCGACUACUACGACGUUGGAGGAAGCUCUCCAUCGAUACCGAUGCGCAUAUACUCUAUUUCUUGGCUGCAAAUAGUAAACAUAGCGCCCGCCAGCUUGACAACGUUUACCAUCUUGUCGCGGAAUUGGUUCGGUCCCAGUCCUUUUCCGUUGGCAAAUACUUGGAAUGGCUUGUGGCGAGGGGCGCGGUAAGAAGUCCCGAUAAGCCUGGUCAGUAUCUGACAGCUGACGUAGAACUACUACGGCAUCUUCCGCCAAGUAGGCUUCCAGAACAUAUCUGGAAUCUACGCAACACUCUGCUCUCUAGAGCAGGCGUUUCAGUUGAUGAUGAGGCGAGACAAGUACGCCAUAUCAAGACUGGUCUAUUGCAGAUGCACUCUGAUAUUUUCACCGGACAUGUUGAUGCUUCUGACACUGAGAUGGCGGACGCUGACGUUGACUGUACUUGUCUAACAUGGACAGUCAAGUCAGAGGUUUCGCAUUGGAUACGCGAGCAGGUUGCUUUGAAACUUCUUGCUCAGGUUCAAGUUAAGAACCAACCUUCCGGCGGUGGAACUACUCAAACAACCGCUGCUAUGCUAAGGCCGGACCAGUUCUACUCUCUCCGAAGCAUCUUGGAGCGCCUGGGUGAUAUCUCGAUUCUCGCUGAUGUCCUCAAACUUCUCUCCCCGUCCGCCGAUCCUACCAUUUUAGCCUCUUUGACAGAUACCUUGAACUACCAUUUACCGGCUUUCACUGCCAUCGGCGCAACCAUGGAUCUCUUCCAAAGCCUUGCUAUCUCCUACACAAAGCUCAGCAAGACAGAACCACAUGUCCAAUACUUUAUAGGCUCUAUGCUUGACAUGGCUCUUGCCAUCCCGUCAGAAGCCACCACUGUCGCCGUUCUGCGCCGCGACCUAAUACGCUAUGACAAAAAGUCGGCUAUGGCUGCCUCAUCGCCGGUAUCAGAACAUAUGGCUGACACGCUCAACCCUGUCAAUCCUACCUUUGGUGGGAUGCUUGACCAGCUUCUCGCUUCAGGAAACUGCAUGGAUGAUGCUACUCUCCUGCGUAUAUUCGAAUUGCUCAUCCAAAAGCUUGAGACAGGCAAAGCGGAUAUCAGCAUCACAUCAAGUGAAGCAGCGCGAUAUCUUGCACAACUUCGUCUGUUCAAUCCAAAGACUUUUGAUGGACUUAUGAUCAAGCGUGUAGUUGGGAUGAUACGUACUUCUCCAAGACCAAGGCUGUCUGAGUUUCUACCACCGCUCGUCGGAGUAGGCUGUGUCACGCUUCUAGCGUUUUUCGGUAUGGUGAAGGGGCUUUUGGAGGCUGAUAAGAUGGGAGAGAAUAACAUACCAGAUGUUAUGCAGCUCAGAUUAGACAUGUUGGGUGUUCUAGGGCUAGAGAAUGCUGGGCCAAGUAAACUACCAGACUUUGUGCUUUACCGCUUCAAGAUCGCACGUAGGGACUUCGUUCUAAAGCACUGCGGUCUCAUUAUCGGCACUAUACGUGAUGCUAUAAUAGAUGCAACUGAUUCCCACGACGUCUCUCUGCAAGAACAGUGGGACACGGCCAUUUUCCCGCUUCUUUGCGAGAUAAUGGUUCGGCAUCCCAAUAUCGGAAAGGCUGAGUCCGCCAAGUGGAUGACGGAUAAGUUCCCAACUGGCUUACGCCUCCUUACCCAGACACUGGACAGUCUUCUUAACCUGGAAUCUGGCAACGGUAAUUUUGAUAUUCUGCAAUUGCUUAAAGGCGAUUAUGGCAGAGAUGCUAAUUUGCGUGCAGAUCCUAAUCAUACUUCAUCCAAUUCCCAGCCGAUUCAGAAGCAAGCGUUGGAUAUCGUCUGUCGCAUUGACGAUUUCUCCUUGCCAUUCUGCCUUACUAAGCUACAACUCCUACUUGAGGGAACGGACAUGGCAGGGAAGGAGAAUAUUCUUGAUCCUGUCUUCGCUGCAGCUGAAGCGGAUGUGAAGAAGGGGGUUAUUCCGAUGGGUGGAACGAAAAAGGGCCCUGGACUAAUAAUCCGAAAGAUCAAGCAAAAGGCAGAGAUCAAGCUUCUUUCGCUGUUCAUUACAUCUGCCUCCUCGUCCUCGACCGGAAAUAGUGCUGAUUCAGAUGAUGGACCAGCACCUCAUGAGCUUGCAUUGAUAUAUCUACGCAUAAUCGAGGAGCUGAUAUGCAAAUCGCCCAAUGAAAGUAUAUCUCCCUCUAUUGGCAGCGCCCUGUUGGAAAGAAUGAAUCUCUUGCUCCAGCGGGUAGCGUUUCUGUCUAAGAUCAAGCCUACAGAAACAAAUUCCAUCAUUAUUGCUCAGCGUAAUGAAGGCGGCAUGCUUGGUGUAUGGGUCUACAUUCUCCUACGCCUUGUGGCCUUGUACCGCUCGUCUUUCAAUGUUGAGCGUGCCUCGAAGUUAGAUCUCACGGACCAAACCCGCCUCCUGCUAAGCAUUUGUUACAUGGCAUUUACUCCAGCGUUAGUCCAAGUGCUAUCUCGUACCACCAAUCUUCCUACCGUCCCCACCAGCAAAUAUAGCCACCUACAAAAGACGGUACCAGCAAAUUGGAGUAGCCUGCGAACAUAUGCUAUCGACGUUGCCACUAUCCUGGUCGAUACCCUCCCAGACGAAGCCCGUAUACAGUGUGCUCGUUUCCUCCGUGAUCGGUCCCCUCUCUUCCACCAACAGCAACAAGAUACCCGCCUUUUAUAUCUUUUUGGCCCUAUGCCUGACCCCCAGGCCGCUCCCACCAACCCUUCUACCGGCAACCCAAUGCCCGGUCCGCCAGUUCCAGGCUCAUCCCCUUUAAGUGUUCAAAGCCAUGCAGCACAAGGCUCGUCCGUUCAGACUCCCCACCAAGCCAACCAACCAAUACCUACCGUUGAAGAGACAACCUCGCCUGUUCAAAAUUUUCGAUUCCAGCAGGGCAACCGAAUCCUUGGUCCCUGUCCUCCCAGGAGCUGGGAAAUGAUUGAAGAAUCUGCCCCUGUUGUCGGCGUGAAUGACACAGCAAUUAACCUCUCAUACUUCGGCGCCCGCGCAAUCAGAGCAGGCCUAAAAUGA